AUGCCCUCUGUUCAGGUCUCAGCGGCCAAGAAGACCCCAGUCGCGCGCGACCUCCCGACCUUUGUCACUUGGGACAAGCCGUAUGAAGACUCUACAGUCCUUGACGUGAAGAAGGCCAUUGCCGCCAAAAACCCGAAGUUCUAUACAGCACGUCAGAAGCUCACCCUCAAGGGAGACAACAAAGCGCUAUCGGACGAGACUAAGCUGAAGGAUGCUGGUAUCGCCGACGGCGCGGACGUGUCGGUGAAGGACCUUGGUCCACAAGUCAGCUGGAGGACCGUGUUUCUUGUCGAAUACGUCGGCCCGCUCAUCAUCCACCCCCUGUUUUACCACUUCCCCAAGCUCUUCUUUGGAGGUCCCGUUCAGCACAGCGUACUGCAGAAGUAUGUUUAUACCGCCGUACUUGCCCACUUCGUUAAGCGGGAACUUGAGACAACUUUUGUCCACCGCUUCUCUCAUGGCACCAUGCCUUUGUUCAACAUAUUCAAGAACUCCGCGCACUACCACCUCCUCUCCGGCGUGCUUCUCGCCUGGUCCGUCUACAGCCCCACAUUUGCGGCUAAUUCGCCGUGGAUUCGUGGCACGAUCCGCGAAAACCCGACGUUCCUCUGGUCUUGUCUCGCGGUCUUUGUGUUUGCCGAGCUCUCGAACCUUCGCACCCACCUCACCCUCCGCAAUCUGCGUCCCGAAGGUACUACGAAGCGGGCAAUCCCUAGGGGCUACGGUUUCGACCUCGUGUCGUGCCCGAACUAUUUCUUUGAGUCGUUGGCGUGGGCGUCCAUCACCGUCAUGACCGGGAGCUAUGCCGCGGUCAUUUUCUGGUUGGCGUCGACCUAUCAAAUGGCCCUUUGGGCAGCCAAGAAGCACAGGAACUACAAGAAGGAAUUCGGCAAGGAGUACCCGCCCAACAGGAAGGCCAUGUUCCCCUUCAUUUUCUAG